AUGGAUUAUUUGGAUUGCUGUGCCGAAUCGUUUGAACCGUACUUGAUUUACGGUGAUCCCGCCUAUGGCGUGCUACGGUGGAUAUGCAGUGGAUUCAAAGGGGACAUUUCAAGCCAAUGGGGGUUCUGUCGAAUGAAGAUGCAAUGGGCGUUUGUGACGUAUAAAAUGCAGCAAAAAAUCAUGCUACAAAGUGUCGGCAAGGCGAUCAAUUUGGCGAUGCUGUUUACGAAUUAUCAAACGUGCUACAACGGGGGAAAUCAAUCAAGUCAGUUCUUCCAAUUGAACCCACCAUCACUGAAAGAGUACUUGACAUUAGGAUAG